AUGUUCUUUCCAUUUGAAGAUGAUGGAUUUGAUGGUGCUCCGGGGGAUCAUCAAAGAUUUGGAUAUUUUUUUAUAACCAACCCUGACUUGUACUUCUCAACAAAAAUUUCCCCGAACUUGUUUGGAGAGUUCCUUGGUCUUCAUGGUUCGGGAGCUGUUUUCUGUUUAUCCUGUGUAUCAAGUUACAAGCUGUCAGGAUCCAUAUGUCAAUCGGUGUGUUUUCCUGGAGAGUUUAAACGUUCACAGAAUCCAGAUGCAAAAUGUGAAAAAUGCCAUGAUAGCUGUGCAGAGUGUAAGGGACCCGGGCCUCUGAAUUGUACUGCGUGUCAACCAAACUUUUCGCUUUAUUUGGAUGAAGGUAGAUGUGUGCAUUGCUGCAGUGCCAAACCAGAGGACUCUGGGGAAUGCUGUGACUGUACUAGAUCACUCGAGGCAUGCACCUUAAUAACAGGGCUCCUUGCAGAAAACGAUGGACACAAAAAGACUGCUUUGUUUGUAGCCACAUCCAUUUUGCUGGUGCUAAGCGCAGGGGCGAUCAUAUUUUUCUGGCGAAGAGCCCGCACAAAGGCUGUAUCUGUUACCAAAGCCGGAUAUGAGAAAUUGCCAGACCAAACAAAGUCAUUCCAGUCUUUCAAAAGUAAUAGAGAAAGUACUUCCAGCUUCCAGCGAGAUCAUGUGAUUGAGUACCAUGAUCGCGAUGAGGAGGAAGAAGAUGAUGAUGAUGAUGAAGAUAUUGUUUAUAUGGGUCAGGAUGGAACAGUAUAUCGGAAAUUUAAAUAUGGCCUUCUAGAAGACGACGAUGAAGAGGAUUUAGAGUAUGAUGAUGAAAGUUAUUCCUUUAGAUAAUUAAUUGAAAAAUGUACAUUAUUAGUCAUUUAGCAAUCCAGGAUGCACAACCCUUUUCAACCAAUAGCACAAAUAAACUUAUAGUAAUGUAGGUCCUUAUGGUGCCAGUUUGCGUAAACUGUGUUUUAGCACUAAUGUUUUAUCCAUGGAUGAUCUUUAUUCUAAUCAUUGAUGAUCAUUGAAUCUCCCAGGCAAUUCAUAUCUAAAAUAUUACCAUAUUGACUCUAUUCUAAAGCAAAGUAACAAAACAACAUACUGUUGAAAAAACUAAUUGAUAAACAGAGAUUAAUGUGAUACAAAAUACAAGCUUGGCCAAUUUACACUUGUACGAUAGGUCAUUAUGCACAGUAUAUACUAUAUAUAGUAAAAUAAGCCCCAAUCUUUGGGAGAGUAAAAUACAAUACUCUGUCAUCACUUUUUUAACCCCACCUUAAUACCAACAGUUUUAUCCAAGCUUACUUACUUUGGACCUGAUACAGAGGUUGUCGCAGAUUCUGUAAACUAUGCAGAUUCCUGAUUAUUUGGAAUCUGUGCCUGUGCAAGGCUUGUUCUGCACAUAUGUAGGAUGGGCAUUGUGAUGACGCCUGGAGUUCCCCAC